AAAUUAAAAAGGCUUGAAACUCCAUACUCUCAAAGCAUCCAUAACUCCAACAAAGAAAAAGAAGAGAAAACAGCCAUGUCCGAUCACAGCGAAGAGCACAUGAAAAUCAUUCGAAAACCAGACGGAACCCUCACUCUGUUGCGCAAACCGGAGUCACGCUCACUACCCCAAUCUGACCCCACCCUCUCCAUUACCGUUCUCUCCAAAGACCUCACCAUCAACCCUCAUAACGACACCUGGCUCCGCUUGUUCCUACCCAAACAAGGAACAAACGAUAACAAGAAGCUACCACUUAUUGUUUUCUUUCAUGGUAGUGGCUUUGUCACAUCAAGUGCAGCUUCCACCAUAUUCCAUGAUUUCUGUGUAAACAUCGCGGACGGCGCCGCCGCCGUUGUCGCCUCCGUCGAGUACCGCCUUGCGCCGGAGCACCGAUUACCGGCUGCAUAUGACGAUGCUGUCGAAACUUUUCAUUGGAUUAAAUCCAGCCAGGACGAAUGGUUGACCAAACACGUUGAUUACUCGAGGUGUUAUUUGAUGGGAAAUAGUGCUGGGGCAACGAUAGCGUACUACGCGGGUCUACGUAUAGCUUCAGGAGAGGUAGGUGAUCUUGAGCCGUUGAAAAUCCAAGGGAUGAUAUUACGUCAGCCGUACAUUGGUGGGACCCAGAGGACGGAGUCAGAAUUGAGGCUCGAGAAUGAUGCGGUUCUUCCUUUGUCGGAUAAUGAUUUGAUGUGGGAGCUGGCGCUGCCUGUUGGGGCUGACCGUGAUCAUGAGUAUUGCAAUCUGACGGCUGUGGAUGGUUGGAGGAUUGAGAAGGUGAGGGAUCAGGGGUGGAGAGUGAUGGUUAGUGGGUGCGGUGGGGACCCACUUGUUGACCGUGAUAGGGAGCUUGUGAAGUUGUUGGAGGAAAAGGGUGUUUGUGUGGUGAGUGAUUUUGAGGAAGAGGGGUGCCAUGGCAUAGAGUUGACGGACCCCAACAAAGCAAAAACACUCAUUCGCUUGAUCAAACAUUUCAUGUCCUCAUAAGAGAGCUUUUAAGGGCUAAUAAAUAAUGUGUGUUGUAUUUUCUUUAAAAAAAAAAAAAAAAUACAUAUUUCUACUAUU